GUAUCAGUCUCUCGCGGCAAGGUAAACUGUGAAACGGUGGAAUUACAAGUUGUGUUGUGGUAAUCUAUAUAUUCCUCGCCGACUAUGGUUGCGAUAUUACAACGUCAGAAUGCCGUUGAAUGUCAUUUUACGAUAUAUUUAUCCGUCGCAGAUACUGGCAGUCAGUAGUCUUUAUGAUGGCAACCUCAUCACUUAGAAUUGCUGCUAUUCUCGUGGUCAGUGAUAUUCUCUUCGUCACGCACGGUUUGAGAACCAACAAUGGGCGAAGCUUUCCUAAAAACUUUUUAUUAGGCGUAGCUUCGUCUGCUUAUCAAAUAGAAGGUGGUUGGAACCAAGAUGGUAAAGGAGUGAAUGUUUGGGACCAAUGGGUACACGAUCAUCCAGAUGCCAUAUACGAUCAUAGCAAUGGCGAUGUGGCUUGUGAUUCCUACAACAAAUAUAAAGAAGACGUGCAACUUUUGAAGGAAAUUGGGGUUGACUUUUACCGAUUUUCUCUCAGCUGGUCGCGGAUCUUACCAAAUGGUUACUCCAAUGUGAUCAAUUACGAUGGACUUAAUUAUUAUAAGAAUCUUAUUGACGAAUUACUUGCAAAUGGCAUUAAACCAUUUGUCACUAUAUAUCACUGGGAUCACCCAAAUAUUUUCGAAAGUAUGGGUGGGUGGACCAAUGAAUUAAUGGUCGACUGGAUAGCCGAUUAUGCGAGAGUCGUUUUCAAAGAACUUGGUCCAAAAGUUAAAUAUUUUAUGACUAUCAAUGAACCUACAAUUCUUUGCAAUGAGGCGUACGUUACAGGCGAAUGGGCGGCAGGAAAGAAAUUAGGCUCUACAGGAAAAUUUUUAUGUUUACACAACAUACUAAAGGCACACGCCAAAAUUUACCAUAUCUAUGAUGAAGAAUUCCGUAAAGAACAGAAUGGUCAAAUAGGCAUAGUUACAUGUUGCGGGGGUUUAUUCGCCAAAACCCCCAACGAUACUGCAGCAGUGGACACCGCUUUCCAAUUUGAUUGCGGUGUCAUAACUAGUCCUAUUUAUUCGAAGACUGGCGAUUAUCCAGAGGUAGUAAAACAUCAUAUAGCCGAGAACAGUAAACUGGAAGGAUUUUCGAAAUCAAUUUUGCCAAAGUUUUCGCCAGAAUGGAUACAUUAUAUCAAGGGUACAUCGGACUUUCUCGGACUGAAUCAUUAUACCUCGAGAUUAGUGGAAACAGUGCCACAUGUGAAUGGGCAGGCAUGGUACGAAUACAGCGGCAUAAACAUGACUAUAGAUCCAUCAUGGCCAUUAGGUGGUUCGAAAUGGUUACGAGUCGUACCUGACGGACUUCAGCAAAUUAUUACCAAACUCACAAAAGAGUACGGUCGUGUGCCCAUUUACGUCUCUGAGAACGGUUACUCUAACAUAUACGAUGAUAUUAAUGAUGAUAAUAGAAUAUCAUACUUAUAUUCCUACAUGGAUAAAAUGUUGUCCGCCAUUUACGAUGAUGGAUGUAAUGUGAAAGGAUAUACUGUCUGGAGUCUAAUGGAUAAUUUCGAGUGGGCUAGAGGUUACUCAGAAAGAUUCGGAAUAGUACAUGUUAAUUUUACGGAUCCUAACCGAACGAGAACUCCGAAGUCAUCGAUGAAGUGGUACAAGAAUGUUAUUCAGACUCGGAAACUUCAUAAUACCUCGACUUUAACUGAUUUUGAGCCGGUUGUAAUAAGCGUGUGAGUAAAACAUACAUAAAAAUAUUUAGAAUGUUACGAAAUAAUAUAUAGUAUAUAAGAAACAAAAUAAUAUUAACAUUAAUAUGUAUUAAUAUGUAACAUGUGAGAAACGAGAAAUGAGUUGCAUAUUCACCAUACAUGCACUAUCUUUUCAAAAUGUUCUUCAAUUAAUUAUUUAUGCGUAGCGAUAUAUAUUAAAUUGUGUUUUUCUGAUUGAAACCGAUAAACAACUAAAAAUAUUAAGAAGUAUAACUAUGAUUGUUAUCAUUAGUAUAUUACUACUCUUAUCAUUAUUAUUAUUAUUCUUUUAUAGUUUGAUAAUACGAAAAUACGUUAUCUUAUGUAUAAGUGAAUAAAGAUAUCGUUUUAACAUUUC